GGACGUACAAUAAGCCAGGGUGUGACGUUUUUAGAAAAUAAAUUGCGUUUUUACACAGUGUUUCUGAACGACCCCCCUACGUCACAGUUCUUGGACAUUGCUUGACAGUUCAUGUCAACAAAGAUUAUUGUUCUGUGAUCUAUGUAAAAAUAAAUUUAAAAUUUAAAAUAUUAUUUUGUAUUGUCAAAAUGAAUAAAGAUUAUAUUUCCAUUUUACCAAAAGAAUUGGUACCUAAUCAACAUGUAUUAGUGAGGGAGGAGGUCAAUGGCGACAUAGGAGAAAUCAUAAAAAAUGAAGAAGGGCACUUGUUGAUGAUGGAUUUACAAAGCCAAACUAUGUAUUACCUGCCACCAACAUCAGAGAUACUAAGAUUUUUUAAUAUAGAACAACCAGCCCUUAGUGAAGAUGAAACAAAAAAGUGGAGUAGGGAAGAGAUAUUAAAAUUAAUAAAUAUUUACAAAAUAUAUGAGUCCUCUUUUAAAAAUACCUCAAUAAAAAAUGAGAAAGUGUGGCAGCGAGUUUCAAAAGAACUAGGCACCCGUUCGUCAGAACAAUGCAAAAAUAAAUUUAAAUAUUUAAAAGGCAAAUAUGUGGAAAAAAAAGAAAAUAUGAGCUCAAAGGCAAGCGGAAGCAAGGUUGUAAAAUUCGAUUUCUUUAAUGAGUUUGAAGAACUUUUUGCACACCAUCCAAAUAUACAACCACAAGCUGUAGCAAGCUCUUCUCGAGGAGAAGAUAAUGUAAAAAAUAUAAUGGGAUCAGAUACUAAUGUAUUAAAUAAUGAAACUAAAUCUGAUACAGAAAAUAAAAAAAAAAGAAAAAGAAGCAUGCUUGAGAAGCAGUUAGAUACGUAUGAAGAUAAACUGAAUGAACGAGAAAGAAACAAGGAACGCAGACAUCAAGACAUAAUGAGAAAGCAAGAUGAAGCCUUAGAUGUUUUCAAAAAUAUCGCUUCUAGUUUUGAAAAAUUUGUCAAUAACAAUUAAUGAUUUUGUUUUAACUAGGUGUAAAGUUGUUUUGUGAUAAAAGAAAAAUGUUUUUUUUUUGUUGGUUUAUAUCAUCAUUAGAAUUAAAUUGAAUAAAAAAGUUUUUAAAGUAAUAGUUUUUUUAACACUUUUACUAUUAUUUUAUAUUGAGCUGAAUAAUAAGUGGGUACACGUUUUAUUGUUUGGUACUCAGAUAAAGCUUGUAACUGAAACAGGUAGCGGUUUCUAAAAUGUGUUUAUAUUAUAAUAAAGAUAUAGCAUUGCAUGGUUGUAAGCUAGUUGUAAAAAGGGCAUAUUAGUAAAAUAUUAUACUAAAACUUAGAAGACUAUAGUUUUAGAUGGAAAUUUUGUUACCAAAGAAUUUG